UGCACCCUGUGGCUGCUGCUGAAGCCCAACAUGGCAGAGACCUAUUGGGCCUUCAUGAAAAACUCUCCCCUUCUGAUGGCAAUGGGAAUUGAGAGCCCAAUAUGGCCAGCCUUGACAAGCAUUAAUAAAAGGACACUAAUGGAGAAGUUCUGUGGGUGUGGUGUUAUCCUUCCACGACAGCCUCAUUAAGGAAUCUGCUGCUCCGAAAAUGCUGCCUAACAGAUGAAAACAAACUUCUCCACCCCUUUGUCUUUGGUCAGUACAGAAGAACGUGGUUUUAUAUCACUACAGUUGAAGUUCCAGAUUCUUCAAUUUUGAAAAAGAAGCUGGGAAUGAUGGCACAUGCCUAUAAUCUCAACUCUUAGAAGGCUCAGGAAGGAGGAUUGUCAAGUUCAAGACCAGCCUGAACUACAUAAUUCAUUCCAGGUGACUCAUUUUUCUAUUGUUCUGACCGCCAAAGAUUUUAACCCAGAGAAAUAUGCCGCCUUCACUAGGAUAUUGUGUAGAAUAUAUCUGAAAUAUGGGAGCCCAGUUAAAAUGAUGGAGAGUUACAUUGCAGUUCUCACCAAGGGGAUCUGCCAGAGUGAAGAAAACGGCUCUUUCUUUAGCAGAGACUUUGAUAGUCGAAAGGCAUACCUUGCAGGUUCCAUCAAAGACAUUGUAUCUCAAUUUGGAAUGGAAACUGUUAUCUUACACACAGCAUUGAUGUUAAAAAAACGAAUUGUUGUCUAUCACCCCAAAAUAGAAGCUGUCCAGGAAUUUACCAGGACUCUGCCUGCCCUGGUGUGGCAUCGACAGGAUUGGACCAUCCUGCAUUCUUAUAUGCACCUCCAUGCUGAAGAGCUAGAAGGCCUGCAGAUGUGCACAGGUUACAUUGCUGGCUUUGUAGAAUUGGAGGUGAGCAGCAGACCAGACCUCUACGAUGUGUUUGUGAAUCUGGCAGAUAGUGAGAUCACCAUCGCUCCACUCGCAAAAGAGGCCAUGACAAUGGGCAAAUUGCAUAAAGAAAUUGGUCAGCUAAUUGUGCAGUCUGCAGAAGACCCAGAGAAGUCAGACAGCCAGGUUAUACAGGACAUUGCCCUAAAAACAAAAGAAAUCUUCACCAAUCUAGCACCAUUUUCAGAAGUGUCAGAUGACGGGGGAAAGAUUGUCCUCAGUGUUGAGGCACUGAAGCAAAAGCGAUUCCCACCUGCAACAGAGAACUUCCUUUACCAUCUAGCAGCAGCUGAACAAAUGCUGAAGAUAUGACUGUCCAUAGCAAGCCCUACAGAACUUCCCUUUCAUUCUCAGUACCCAAUGGCAUUAUAUAGUGUUGGAAUUACAGAGGAAAUGUUCUAUUUUUAA